AAUUUAUUCCAAGAAUGAAUUAGAAGUCGUUCUUCAAUCACGUUGCCGUCUCUUCUUCAUCUCCGAGGCACCACGGUCGCCGGACCGCCGGACGUCAUAUCCGAUUGCCGGAGCAGGCCGCAGCGCGUAGAAGAAUCCGACGGGCAGGACCGGCCCACAGAAGGGGCACCCAGACCAAUGGCACAGGCCCCUUAAAAUAGUACGGAGUAUAAUUAGGCAGUUCCUGUGCAAGAAAGCUAGAGAAGAGUAGAAGCAUUCUGUGGAUUUCGGCCGUCCAAUUGCCCACUCCCAAAAUAUUAAUUUGCAGCAGCCCAAGGAAAUUCAUUAACUAAUCAAUCGACACCAAUCCAUAUUCCCCCAAUCGGCAAUUUGCUCUGCAGGGACAAAGGAAGGACGCCACAACGGUUGGAAUAAGUCCAGGAGGGUUACGUGAAGCCUCCACCGCGCCUCGCCGCCGCGCCUCCAGCCUGUUGAAUAGGUGAUUCUGCUAGGCGCUCUCAGGCUCGCUGAACCAGUCACUCUUUACGGGAAAUUAGCGAAGAAAAUUGCAUUAUUAGCGGUGGUAAGAUACACUGAAAAGCUCUGAUCAGUAACUGGAAUGGCCUUUCCAAGAAUGCUGCAUCACCUUACUCGUAGCCUCACUACAAUUUCUUCAAGAUCACUACAAGUCUGUAUUGUUGGUAGUGGGCCUGCUGGAUUUUACACUGCCGAUAAGAUUCUUAAAGCACAUGAAAGAGCUGAAGUCAACAUACUCGAUCGGUUACCGACGCCAUUUGGGUUAGUCCAAUAUGGUGUUGCUCCAGAUCAUCCUGAAACCAAGAAUGUGAUAAACCAAUUUUCUCGGAUACUUCAAGAUGAACGCUGCUCAUUCUUUGGAAAUGUCUCUCUUGGGUCGUUGAUAUCCUUGACUGAGCUGCGUGAUCUAUAUGAUGUGGUAGUGCUUUGCUAUGGUGCUGAAGGCGACCGAGAUCUUGGCAUUCCUGGUGAAGAUUUGUCAGGGAUAUAUCCUGCUAGAGAGUUUGUCUGGUGGUAUAAUGGGCAUCCUGACUGCAGAUACUUGGCUCCAGAUUUGAAGAACACUGAUACAGCUGUUAUUGUUGGUCAGGGAAAUGUUGCUCUUGAUAUGGCCCGUAUGCUUUUGCGACCAACAGCAGAGUUGGCAAAAACUGAUAUUGCGUCCCAUGCCUUGGCUGCUCUAGAAGAGAGUUCUAUAAGAAAAGUUUAUGUUGUUGGCAGACGUGGACCGGUGCAAGCAUCUUUCACUGCGAAGGAGUUGCGUGAAACUCUUGGUAUCCAGAAUUUGUUCAUUCACAUUGACAGAGCAGACCUGCAUAAAACUCCUGCUGAUGAGGAUGUACUCAAGAAUAAUCGGAUCAAUAGGAGAGUUCAUGAGUUGCUGUCUCAGGCAGCCACUCCUACACCUUUAUUCCCUUCUCCUGGGAAACGUGAACUGCACUUUGUUUUCUUUCGAAAACCAGAUAGGUUUUUAGAAUCAGAUGCUAAGUCUGGUCAUGUGGCUGGGGUGCACUUUGAGCGAACAACUCUUAGAGAUGUUGGAUCUGGAAAACAGAUUGCAGUUGGUACAGGACAGUUUGAGGACAUUAGAUGCGGGCUGGUUUUGAAAAGCAUUGGUAAUAAGUCAAUAUGUGUAGAUGGCUUACCUUUCGAUCACAAGAAUGGCAUAGUUCCAAACAUUAGAGGCCGUGUCCUAAGUGAUUCUACAUAUCUUACAGAGGUUGAGAAGGGUUUAUAUGUAUGUGGUUGGUUGAAAAGAGGAGCAACUGGAAUCAUCGGUACCAAUCUUUACUGUGCUGAAGAGACUGUUGCUAGCAUCUGUGAGGAUAUCAAGAAAGGAAUUCUACCAUCCGACUCUCCAUCAAAGCCAGGGAAGAAGGGCCUUCUUGAACUACUGGAUACAAGAAACUCAGGGGCCGUCCCAUCUGAAGAGAAGAAAUUGAGUGUUUGAGAGAUAAUUUGGUUUCAACAGGUCUUCCAACUGCAACUGCUCAUCUUUUGAAGAUUGAAGUAAUAAAAUCUCUUACUUUCACAAGGAAACCCUAAUUUCUUGCCUUGGUGCUUCGGCUCAGAUAUGACAUGGUGUGUAGUUUCUUGCUUUAUAAUUCUUGCAUUGCUAAUUGUUGGGUCGAGAAAAAUUUAAAGGUCAGUUUUGAUAUCGUUGUAACAUUCGAUAUUUUUCAGAGGUAACAUUCAAUAUUUUGAAUAGUUAAAGAUGUUUUUACUUGAAAUAAUUUCAGUUCCAAACCAAACUAGGUCCAGAAAAUUUCAGUCCAAAUAAAAACAUCAUUAAUACUCUA